GAAAAAGCUAUAAGAAUCUACAAGGGCUAGGUCAACAUGAAUCACUGAUUCACUCUAACUAUAAUAUUCCUCAGGUUGGUUUAAUACCUCAACCACUUGAAGCAAUUUCCGAAUUUAAGAAAUCAUUAAAACUUUGUUUUGGGGUAGGAGCAUAUGAAGUAUUAGGUCAAAUCUUUAAUGAUUCAAAUUGGGGUGUACGUGAAUAUAAAAAUCAACAACAAACUUGGGUGGUUUUAGUAUCUCAAAAUAUGAGCCAAAUGUAA